UGGACAUCAAGACAAUUGUCAACAAUCUAGUGAUGAUUUGAGUGACAAUUAUCUGCGGACUACUACUACUACUACAACAGCAACUAAUCAUCAAAAGUCCAGCCGAUCGGCGAUUGGCCACAAUUGCCGACAUUUAUUAGCCAUCAAACACAUGAUUAUUGCAGCAAUUGUCGCAUCGCUUAUCAUCACAAACGUUUCAUCUGACUGUAGUUUUCAACAAUUUGAAUGCCAGGAUAAUAGCAAAUGUAUACCAUUUACGUGGAGAUGUGAUGGUGACGUUGACUGUCCCGACAAUUCCGAUGAAUUGAAUUGCACUGUCAAGUUGUGCACUCAAAAUGAAUUCAAGUGUCAAAACGGAAAAUGUUUGCCUCAUAAAUGGAUUUGUGAUAAUGAAGACGAUUGCGGCGACAGAAGUGACGAAUUAAAUUGCGCCACCCAAACAUGCACUGAUGAUCAGUUCAAAUGUGUGGCCACCAAUAAUUGUAUACCCGGCGAGUGGGUGUGCGACGACACCGAGGACUGUACCGAUGGAUCCGAUGAGAAACAGUGCAAAACCAAUUUGGUGUCGUGUCGUCAAAACGAGUUUACCUGCGAUAACGGCAAAUGUCUGAUCAAUCGAUGGGUUUGCGAUGGAGAGGACGACUGCGGCGACAAAUCGGAUGAAUCGCAGCAUCUGUGCGCCAACAAGACAUGCGGAUCCGAUAUGUUUACCUGCAAUUCGGGUAAAUGUAUUCCCGAUCGUUGGAAAUGUGACGGCGACCGGGACUGUCCCGACAGUGAUGAUGAACGCGGCUGUCGACUAUUGGACAGAUUGGCCAAUGAGACCAUUUGUGGGCCGUCGGACUUUCAGUGUUUCAAUGGUCACGAGUGUAUAAGCAGUCGCUGGAGGUGUGACCGAAGUAAGGAUUGUACCGACGGUUCCGAUGAAGUUAACUGUACCUAUAUUUGUCGUGCCGACCAAUUUAUGUGCAACAAUGGUAACUGUAUACCCGAACAAAUGCUAUGUAACGGCGAACAGGAGUGUGCCGACGGUUCAGACGAGAACAACUGUCCUGAAAAGACUGACCACACGUCGGACUCAACCAAUACGACAGAUCUUUGCAAGCCGUCUGAAUACCGAUGCGUUUCCACCAAUCCAUUGAAAUGUAUAGAGUUGUCCAAAGUGUGCGACGGUAUCAACGAUUGCGACGAUUGGUCCGAUGAGCCGCCAAACUGUAAGCUCAAUGAAUGUCUGGGCAAACAUCACUGUUCACAGAACUGUGUCGACGACUUAUCCGGCUAUCAUUGCGAAUGCAAAAAGGGUUACCGUUUGGGAUCCGAUAACAAGACAUGUGAUAAUAUUGACGAAUGUGCCGAACAGUAUGGUCUGUGUUCGGGUCACAUGUGUUUCGACCAAAAAGGUCACUACAAAUGCCAGUGUUUCGAUGGCUAUGAGGUCAAAGAUCAUCGAUUUUGUAAGAUUAAAGGCGAAGAGAAACCUUUGCUCGUGUUUGCCAAUCGUCACGAUAUACGGACACUGGAUAUAUCGCACAAACACAAACACCAACACUAUUUGCAACUGUAUGCGGGUCUGGCGUCGACUAUUGGCAUUGAUUACAGCAUUAAAGAUAAUUACAUCAUCUGGAGUGAUGUGACCAACGAAAAGCUGUUUAUAGCACCGCUGAACAACAGCCACAAGACAUUCAAUGGUCUGACCGAACCGACAGAACUGAUUGAAAACAAAGGAGUGGUCGACGCGUUGGCUGUCGAUUGGAUUCAUCGACUUGUCUAUUGGACGGAUACGUCCAAAGAUCACAUAGAAGUGGCCAAUAUAUCGGAUCCGAAUUCAAGAGCUGUAAUUAUCAGCGAUAGCUUAGAAGAGCCGAGAGGUAUAGCCGUCAAUGUGUUGGAGUCGUGGAUUGUUUGGACCGAUUGGGGUUCGCGGCCAAGGAUUGAGAGGGCCCUACAGGACGGUAGUAAUCGCAAGACACUCGUCGACCGUAAUAUUAUUUGGCCAAAUGGUGUGACCAUUGAUUUGAUUACCAAACAGAUCUACUGGUUGGACGCUAAGAUGAACACUAUUAACUCAGUUAACUUUGACGGAAGUAGUCGGCGACAAAUAUUACACUCACCAGACUUUAUCAGACAUCCAUUUUCGUUGGACAUCUUUGAGGACAACAUUUAUUGGACAGACUGGGAAUUGGAGUCCGUAUUGGCCACCAAUAAAUUUGGUAUUGAUAAUCACAAAGUGGACACAUUAGUCGGCGGUGUAUUCUCCGUAAUGGACAUCUCCAUUGUCCACUCGUACAAGAAACCGCAUUCAAACGAUCGGUGCGCUGAUCAUCGCUGUUCUCAUCUGUGUUUGCCAACCGGUCGCCAAUCUUAUCGAUGUGUUUGUCCGACAGCGAUGCAACUAAAAGAUAAUCAAACGUGUGAACCAAUUGAUAGUUCAACGGCACAAUCGGUUAUUGAUUCGGCGAUUCAAACAUCGACCGGCACUAACUCUUUGGUGCCUCCAGUGGUGACAACCAAGUCGUCGUCCUCGUCGGUCACUACGGAAUCAAUAGAAGAUAUUGAACUAAUGAAAUCACACAACAAGAAUAAGAUAAAACACUAUAAAGAAAAUCACAAGAAUCACACCACCGAUGAUAAGGACUAUCCGGCAAUUGUUGACGAAUCCGAUGGCAAACUGGCUAUCAUUAUCACUGUUAUAUUGUUGUGUGUUUUGUUGUUUAUAGCGGCCACAACUCUAAUGAUUUAUCGCAGAUAUCAACGCCGUAGCAUAACGUCAAUGAAUUUCGAUAAUCCUGUUUACCGGAAGACCACCGAAGAUCAGUUUGCUCUUGAAAAGAGUGACGACUCUUUAUCAUCAUAUCCAUCGAGUCUGGAACCGUUGACAAGUCCCGGAACUAAUGAAUUUGUUUGAAUCAAUCAAUUCAUAUAUCUAUAUAUGUUUUGUUUUUGUUUAGUCAAUCAAUCAAUUUUGUUGAUAACUACUAC